AUGCCGAAAGCACCUGCGACGGUCCAGUCCCCUCCGGGAGGGACUGCCGGUUGGACGGCUUCCGGCGGCUUCGAAGCCCCAAGCGCCCGCAGCGGUGCCAGAAACGGCAGCCGGAGCAAGGCAGACGCCGGGAAAGGGGUGAAUGCAGCGACGGGUUCUUUCCGUGCAACGGCUCGCAGAGGCCUGAAGAAGUCUGCUGCGCAUGCAGGCAGCCGGCCACGCGGUGAGGAGGCCACCGGGGCGCUCCCCAAGAGCGACUUGAGUGCCUCGGGCAAGUGGAAGGAUUCGCCCCCGCGCCCCUCGCGGAAAGACAGCUCCGGUAGCUGUGGAAUGUCGACGUCCUGCGGCGCUUCGGAGGACGCCGACUCCUCGUUGUUGUCCCCCUCCGCAUUCCCGCCGCUUGGUGUCGCUGUUCACCCCUCUGGGUUGAACUCGAGUAACGACGCGCAGCUCUGCAGCGGUCUCGCGUUUCCAGAGGCUCCGAGCAGGAAGGCCACGCAGAGACAGUCGUCCCCCGCCCGGACGUGGUCGCCGCCGCCUCCCCCGCCCCCGCUGCGGGCCCCAGGUGUGGAGGAUCAGAGUGGCAAGGGUCUCUCUUCCUACCCUCGCGAGACCGGUCUCUCUUCCUACCCUCGCGAGACCGAAGCUGCGGGUGCCCCGGAGGCCGCAUACGCAGAUGCGAUCCCGGGGGUGCCGCCACUCGCAGGUCUUAGCUCUUGGCAGCGCUGCCGCGAAUCGGCGUUGCCAUCUGGUGUCUUCUCCCGGUCCGCGCCGCCUGCGCCAUCCGUGGAUAACAGCGCGGGCUUGACUGGCGACGCGGCUGCAAUCAAGGCAGAGUCAGUGACUCUGCAGCCCACGAUUUUGGCCGACCGCAGGAGCGCCUUCGUGAAGACCCAGAUGUGCCAGCACGUGACCGCCGGGCGCUGUCGAAUGGGGGAGCAGUGCCGCUACGCCCACUCAGUCGAGGAGCUGCGACCCGCGCCGCAGCUGGACAAAACGAUGAUUUGUGCGAGCGUCAAAGCCGGCAAAGUCUGCCCGAGAGGUGCGGCGUGCACAUUUGCACAUUCUCGCGGCGAGCUGCGUCAGACAAUCGACCAUUACAAGACCAACAUGUGCCGCAACUGGCUUCAGGGUCGUUGCUCGAAGCCAAACACGUGCAAUCAUGCUCAUGGGGAGCAGGAGCUGUCUUUUUACCGCCGUCUCGCAGCCACGAGGGGCUGUCGCAAUUUCAGCAAAGAGCAGCACCACAUGCAUCUGGCGCCGCUGAGCGCUGCAGGAUCGGGAAGCGGCGCGCUUCCAGCGCCGCCGAAUAUGGGCGUCUCUGGAACGGCUAACGCCCAGGGUGAACGCGCGUUUGGCGCUGGAACGGGGCCCGCGGCAGCCCACCACCACGUUGGCAUGCCUCUUCCAGCGGCCGUCGCGGGCCCCGGAGGCUCGCCCGCCCGAGCUGUGUAUGAAGGGAUCGGCGUCUCGCAGUUGAGUGAGAGGACGGCGCGCGUUCCUUUCACGGUGUGCCCCGGGCACUCGUACGACGAUAUCUGCCUGCGCGGCAGAGUGCCGGCGCGUGGCCGCAGCAGCAGCGCCCACGAGCUGGUCCGCGGGGGGCAGAAAGAGGCCUCGAGUGUUUUAGGUGGAGGGAGCCAGAGCGAAGUUUCCGCCUCGUUGGGGCGUAGAGACGGGUGCCCCAGGACGCCUGAGAGCGGCACAGGAAGGCCUGCCGGCGGUCGCCGUCCGCCGCAGAUUCUGUCCAGCGCGCCGUUCGAGCCGUGCGGAGGGGGUCAGGCGCAGACCAGAGCGCUUGCGUCUGGUUGCGCGGCAGACUCGGGCACAAACCUCGAGCACCACCGUGAGCUGGGCACUCUCUUGCAGGACUGGGGAAGGCCGCUGCCUCAUCUGGAGGACAUUCUGCUCGGAGACAAACGCGGGCGACGGGCGAGCGAAGGCGAAAGCGGUUUGCUGCCCCCCACGCUCCAGGAGACUGAGCAGCUAGCCGCUUCGCCCGCUGGCCAAGUUGCAGCGCGCGGCUCUGCGACGACGGAGGGAAGCGGGUUGCAUCUUCCGACGCCUGGCGCCGAUUUGCUCGCCUCCCCUUCCAUGACGCCUGCCUCUCCUGUCGGCUCUCCGUGCGGCAGCAGUGCAAGCUGCCACUCACUCCGAAGUUCCUCGAGCCCCACGACAGCACCGUCGUCGCCACUUGCGGGUCCCCAACAGCGAGAGGAAGGCGCACGUGUGGCGGGGAAACGGACAGACAGGCGCAACGUGAGUGUGAUCGCGAAAAAGGGCGCCUGUCGUGAUGGCGAAGCGUGUUCCAGCAGCGGGCAACGGCACGGCGGAUCGUCGGAUGAGGAAUUGCCGGGUAACGCAGCCUCUGCAUGCACGCGGGCGUCCGCGGAGGGCUGUCAGUUCAGCCGUGGCACUUCGGCAAAGAUGUCGCGGGAUUGCGGCACGAACAGCCGUGGAAGCUUCUACAGUGUCAAUGCUUGCACCGAUGCCUCUCCAUGGGCCGACGCCAGGACGGGCGGCUCGAGUGUCAUGGCCUCCUCAGACUCUCUCGAGGCAGUGGCUGCGGCAGCGGGGCUGUUGGACAAGCGGCAACGCGCUGAAUUGCAGAAGCACGUGGAGCGCCUCCGCUGGCUGCAGCAGCAGAGCACGCAGGCGGGCAAAUUCUUUUUGGAGGGGGCCAAAGGCGUGUGGGCGUACACCGCGAGCGAGGACGGCAACGGGGGGCAGGCUAGCGAUAGGUUGAGGCAUGCGGGCAGCGCACCGUCCAGCUGCGGGGGCCCUUCUGCGAAGUCUCUCGGCGGUGUGAGAGGUGGAUCUGCACAGAUCCAGUCUGCGUCAGCGAUUGAACAGGGAGUCAGCUCCCUGACAGAAUUGGUUGCGUUUCUUCGCAGCGAAGCCAUGCGCAGCGACGAGCCCAAGUCGCCUUCCCAGAGCGCGGCCGGGGCUUUCGCGCCGGCGGAGCGUCGCCUUCGAGACGGCUUGGACAGCGUGUGGGGUGGCAGUGGGUCGUACCUUCAAACGCAACUUGUGCGCGAGGCGCAAAAGUCUGCCUUGGAGCCCUUUCAGUUCUCUUGUGGGAAAUCCAGGUCGCCAGAGGAGAAACGAGAUGAAGACAACGAGUGGGAAGAGCUCAUGAAAAGUCUCCUCGAAGAUGCUGAGGGUCUGACGCUCGCGCCCUGCAGAGAAUCCCCUGGCGCGCAAUCGACUCUGAUCUUUGCUGGCACGCAGUGA